AUGCUACAUCUUGAUAUAGAAGUAUAAACAAUCCAAUUUUUCAUUGGCUCCACACUUGAAUAAUGCUCUAUUAAAUUAAGUGAUUGUAUUCAUAACAUCUAUCCUUAGCCUUCUCCACUACUGUAUUGGAAUCAAAAGUAAAAUGCAAAUCAAAAGAGAUUCAAGAAAUUUGGGAAAAAAUUGAAUUAAAUGUUUAAUAUGUUGAGAAAGGAAAUGUAUUACAUUAUUGCAUAUAUAUGUAGUUGAAACUUUACUUUUAUGAUGGCUAAACCAUUUUUGGAGAAGCAACCAUUAAUUUAGGGUUUUACAUUGAGAAUAAUCUUCCUCUUAUCAUUGAUAAAAUUACUAUUCAGAAUAAAUUCGAUUCAGAAGCCUAAGUUCAAAUGAGUUUAGCAUGGAAUUAGUUAGAUUAAUUGCAAUCUAAAUAAAUACGCUAAGUAAGUCCUAUGAGAGAUUAACCUAUUCCUACUCCACCACCUUAGAAACCGGUUGGAUAAUAGAAGAAACCAGCUGAUGAAUUACAUUUUGAUAAGAGAACUGUACAUGCAACAUAUACUUAAUGGAAAGAUCAUUAGGAAUAGGUUAGAGAAUAAUAUGUCAAGAAAUUAAAGGAACCCAUCAAAAAAGGACAAAUAGAGGAUGAAAAAUUUGAAGAUAUUCGUAAACCUGAAGUUCGAGUUAUGAGUCCGCGUAGAUUCCAAACUCCCAAAGAUUAUAAACCAAUAAAUAAAUAAUAAAUUUAAAAAUCAACUGGAGGAUUUGAAAAUCUAAAAUCUUCAAAUAACAAUCCAUUAGAUUUUAGAUAAAUCAAUAAGGAUUUACAAAACAACUCAAACAAUAGAGCUCCAUCUAAAAGUCCUAAUCGAUAUGAUUCAAGAGUUAAAACAAGAAAUGAUGUUUUGUAAGCUACAUCACCCAAUGAAUAAAGUGAAAUUCUUAAAGGAUCUACAAAACCUAAACCAUAGUCUAAGAAAGGAGAACUUUAAGAGAAUUUUGGAACAAGACCCACUUAAAUGGAAGGAGGUUUGACAAUGUCAAGCAAAUAAUUACUUGCAAUACUUAAAAUUAUGGGUUUAAGUAUAAUUAUGCUAUAUAUAUAAUGA